AUGGCAUCAGCAGUGGAUUCCAAUAUAACGAACACGAAAAUCACUUUAAAUAAUGGCACACAAAUGCCUGCAGUUGGGCUGGGAACCUACCGCAUCCGUGACCCCGAAGUUAUCAUGACUGUAGUUGAUCAAGCCCUAUCAGCUGGAUAUCGCAUGUUUGAUACUGCUGCAGUUUAUCGAAAUGAAGCCAGCCUUCGAGAGGCAUUUAAGACCCUACUUCCCAAACAUGGAUUAGAGAGAGAUGACAUUUUUAUCACUACCAAGCUAUCUCCUGCUGAACAUGGUGGAUCUGAAGCCAUUACAAGAGCAUACAAUCAUUCACUUGAGAAUUUAGGUUUAGAUUUUGCAGAUUUAUAUUUAAUACAUUUCCCUGGAACACAAAAAUUAGCCGUGAAUGAUAAGAGGAAUGCAGAACUACGACUUACAACUUGGGCCAGCAUGGUUGAACUCUAUGAUAAUGGCCUUGUUAAUGCUAUUGGAGUUUCCAACUUUACUAAAUACCACUUGAAGUUGUUGAUGGAAAGGAACCACGGGGUAGUCCCCACUGUAAACCAGGUCGAGUGGCAUCCUUUUUACUACCAAAUGGAACUUCUUGAUUACUGCAAGGCAAAUGACAUUGUGUUGCAAGCAUAUUGUUCACUUGGAGGAAAAUCACAACAGAAUGAUGAUUUGCUAACCCACCCAGAGGUAACAGGUAUUGCUCGCAAGCUUGAGGUCAGUAAUGCUCAACUUUUGUUAAGGUGGGCUUUACAACAAGAUGUAGCAGUUAUACCUAAAUCUACCAAUCCUUUGCACAUCAAGCAAAAUAUAUCUCUGAACUUUGAUAUAUCACCGGAAGAUAUGCACACGCUUAGUAAUCUUUCAACAGGAAAAACCGUUAAAUAUGCAUGGGACCCCAACAUAAUUGUCUGA